AAACACGUUGCCAUUUUGAUUUUUUUUUUGGUUCAUCAUUGUCUUUAGCUUCCCUCCACAAAAUUCCCAAAUUCGAUUCCAAUUUCCCUUCCCCGUUCCACACCUUCAAUUCAAUUAUUCCCUAAAUCCCUAAAACUUUCCCCUUCCCAAUUUCAUUUCAAUUCAUUCCCUUUCUUUGUUUACCUAAUGGACCUCUCUUUAAUUUGCGACACGCUAACUGUAGCCACUUCCAAAGGCGUAGGGUUUGCCAAAUUCAUUCUCGAUCGCCACCAUCACAUCGCUGGAAACGGUUGCCUUUCCCUUUCCUCCGACUCAUCCCCCGAUAACGUUGGAAUUCUCCAUGUUAGCGCCGGAAUCGCCCCUGUUGACGCCGUUGCACCUCCUCCGACCAAGCCUAGUUCAUAUAAGACAUUACCUCGAACUCUCCUCCGCAGAAGGCGUCGCACCAAGCGUAAGUUAUACAGCGGGGAUGACUCAAACGACGGCGAGAUUUACGGAUUCAUCUUUGGUAGUGACGGCAACGAUGGGUAUGGUCCGUUUGGCGGUGGUGGCGGUGGUGGAGGGAGCAGUUGGGGCGGGAGUGGUUGGAAUUUUGGUGGGUUUGGAGGGCAAAAUUGGGACGAAUCUUCUUCGUCAUCUCCGUGGACCGCUAAUGCUAUGGACUUUGUGUAUGAGGUGAUUUGCUGGAUCGCGUUGUCGAAUUGCGUGCAUUUUGCGUUUAAGAAGGUGGUCAGAAUCGUGGCAAAUGGUAUUGAGGAAGCUGGGGACAGGGAGAAGGUUCCGAUGAGAUUGGUUUCAGUUUGCUGAUAUGGAGGUCAAUUGGGACUUGAAACUCUAUAUUAAUAGAACAGGAGGAAUAUUGUUGGAAGUCUUCUAGUCCUUUAUGACACGCUAUUGGAUUGCAUAUUAUGUUGGAGAUGAAUCUGGGUUCUCAGGAGGAAUAUUGUCGGUGCUUUAUACGUAACACUGCUGAAAAGCUGUUCUUAUUCUCAUGGUAUGAUAAUCUCAUAUGGUUAUAUAGUUAUCUCUGUGCCUAUGCCCUUUUUAUUUUUUUCCCUUUUAACAAAUAGUCUAAAAGUUCUCGUUUUGCAGUAAUGUGGUGUUCUUUUAAAUCUUAAAGUACAUUAGUUUCUAAUCCAGCAGAGAAAAUAGACUGGUUUAAGGCUGGUUGAGGAAAAGAAUCAGGCUUAAUCAACUUAAUCAUGAAGCUCAGCAACAAUGAAUGGGGUUGAAGCUGAGCGUUUGGUGUAAUUUUGUGGGGGAUUAAAGACGUAAAUCCAUAGAUAUGGAAAUCUGAAAUGUGCCUCUCAACAUGUAACUUGGGAGUUGUCGCAGUUUUGUGGGCGGUACGAAGCCUCAUUUUCCAUGAGGUGGUUUGGGUCUCUAAUCAGUUGAGAACAUGAACAAAGACGACAGUCAGGGGAGAGACGGAUGGUGUAUGCGCCUCUUUGAAUUGAAAUGACUACUCCUUUGGCCGAAGUUAGGUAGGGUGUUAUGGCUAUUUUGGGUCUUCUGCAAAAGUUAAUCAUCUAAUCUUACUGCAUAAAUAUGUUAAUAACUAUGUUUUAGCAACUCUAAUGCACAAUUAAAUUAGUACAACGCUCAAGAAAAAUCGGAUGAAAAUCGAAAAGAACUAGACAAUCCAUUCAUGACAUGCAUACGGUGUAGUUGACACACAUUGCAGUUGUAAAUUGUGGGAUUCAAACUUGGGUACUUUAAUAUUCGAGACUUCUACUUUUAAUCAACAAUACAAGGCCCAAUCAGAAAAAUUGAGAAUUUAAUUUUUAACUAUAAAA